ACAUAUCCAUUAUGCCAGUCUCAAAAGUUUUGGCCCGUCAAAUUUUUGACAGUAGAGGCAACCCUACAGUGGAGGUAGAUGUUACAACAGAAAAAGGAAUGUUCCGAGCAGCUGUUCCCAGUGGGGCGUCGACCGGUAUUUACGAGGCUCUGGAAAUGAGAGAUAAGGACCCCAAGUUUUACCACGGGAAAGGUGUUUCAAAUGCUAUCAAUAAUGUGAAUAACGUUAUUGCACCUGCCCUUAUCAAAUCUGGUUUAGAUGAAGCCGACCAGACAGCGGUGGAUACAUUCUUGUUAGGUCUGGAUGGAACUGAAAACAAAAGUAAAUUGGGGGCAAAUGCCAUUCUGGGUGUUUCCCUAGCUGUUUGUAAAGCUGGGGCUGCCAAAAAAGGAGUUCCCCUUUACCGCCACAUUGCUGAUCUUGCCGGAAACAAGGAGGUCAUUCUUCCCGUCCCAGCAUUCAAUGUCAUCAAUGGAGGCAGCCAUGCUGGUAACAAACUGGCCAUGCAGGAGUUCAUGAUUCUCCCAACAGGUGCCAGCUCUUUCAAGGAGGCCAUGAGAAUGGGAUCUGAGGUUUAUCACCAUCUGAAAGCAGUUAUAAAGAAAAAAUAUGGCCAAGAUGCCUGUAAUGUGGGAGAUGAGGGAGGUUUUGCUCCAAACAUUCAAGACAACAAGGAAGGUCUGGAUUUGUUGGUGGAGGCUAUUGAAAAGGCAGGGUACACUGGUAAAAUCAAAAUUGGCAUGGAUGUUGCAGCAUCAGAGUUCUGUAAGGAGGGGAAAUAUGACCUAGACUUUAAAAAUCCAAAGUCUAAUCCAGCUGAUUGGAUCACUUCUGACCAGUUGGCAGACAUAUACAGAGGCUUUGUUUCCAAUUAUCCUAUUGUGUCUAUUGAGGAUCCUUACGAUCAGGAUGAUUGGGAAGCCUACUCCAAACUAACAGCCUCGGUACAAAUCCAGAUAGUGGGAGAUGAUUUACUGGUCACAAAUCCCAAGCGAGUCCAGAAGGGUAUCGACAUCAAGGCGUGUAACUGUCUCCUGCUAAAGGUCAACCAGAUUGGCAGUGUCACGGAGUCAAUCCAGGCAUGGAAGAUGUCCAAGGAGAAUAACUGGGGAGUGAUGGUGUCCCACAGAAGUGGAGAGACAGAGGACACGUUUAUUGCAGAUCUGGUAGUCGGACUCUGUACCGGACAGAUUAAAACAGGUGCCCCUUGCCGAUCUGAACGUUUAGCCAAGUACAACCAGAUUCUCCGCAUUGAGGAGGAAUUAGGAGCAGGAGCCAAAUACGCCGGGGAAAAAUUCCGCUACCCGUACUUUUUCGUGAUUUUGGGGAGUAUGGAAUUCGAUGAAAACUCCCUUUUGUUUCAAAAGGGUCAAAAUAAGAGAAGAAAUUACGGAGUUAGGGAUGAGACUGUUGAUUUCAGCACGGAGGAGUACGAAUAUGACAAUUCUGCGUUCUCUGAAAAAUACGAAGAACUGGAAAAUGGCGGGAUAGAGGACUCCAACAGUGGUAGAAGUGUUGGAGAAAUUGAAUCCGCCUCUGAUAUUUUAUACCGGCUUCGCUAUGGAUUUCUCGACCCAGAUUUAGAUUCAGAACACCUGAUAUCAGAAUCCCAGGCUCGCCUGACGGGACAGGACAAACUGAAAUUCAAAGAGGACAUCCUGGAAGGGGUUAGGGAGGUGCCUCUGCCGAUGAAGCAAAAAUUAAGACUUCGACGAAUACUAACGACGGAUCAUGUCAAUAGACGAAGAGAACAAACUUCACAGAAGUACAUCAGCUCUAAAUCAAGGAAAAACAACACAGUCUUCUUACACCUAUGGGAAUCUUCCAUCACCAAAUUAACAGCGUACUUUGGCAGCACAGUGGCUUCCUACUUCACAUUUCUGAGGACUCUGUUUUUUCUGAACCUGUUAACCGGGAUAAUUUUAUUCUCAUUUACCGGCGUACCACAGAUUACAACUGGAGAGUUUUUACUGGACCAGAGGGAAAAUGGAAACAAAACGUUUGGACAUUUUGGAGAUCUGUCCUACAGUUUACUUUUCUAUGGGAUAUACAGAGAUCAGGUGGAUGGUUUCGACCUUCCAUUAUCCUACUUUUUGACCUGGGCAUCUGUGAAUCUUCUGACUGUUUUGUACCUUGCAUCAAGCAUGUACGUGCGAUAUAGAAAGAGCAAGCUGUCAGACACGGGCAGUGAUUUCCCGUUUACGUGGUCCACCCUCUGUUACUUUGAUUUCACUAUCAACACCAAGGACGGGGUCAAAGAUCAUCUGACAGCAUUCUGUACACACUUAAAAGAAAAGAUACGGGAAGAAAAGUCCUUAGAAGUAGUUGAUUGCCUAAAGAGACUUGGUAUGUACUUUGGUCGGCUGGUCAGUAACAUACUUGUGCUGGGGUUACUGGCAGGCAGUGGUUACCUGAUCUAUUAUGUCGCCGAGAAAGAAACGAGUCAAGAGGAUAUCGAUCUGGAUGACGAGCCAGAGGAUCUUGUACAGAAAAUCUACGAACGAUACAGGUUGGCGGUCAUUGUAGCCUUCCUGAAACUUUUUGUCCCAUUCAUUUUCGAACUCCUGGUGAAAAUAGAAAGUUAUCACCCUCGUACAGAAUUCAAAGUUACACUUGCAAGAACAACAUUCUUCUAUUACGCAAGUUUGGUCGUGUUUAUUGUUUCACUCACAAAGGAAGCGGAAUGUGCCGACGGACAAAACCCACAGACAAGCACAACACCAGGGAAAAACUCCCCAACUACCCUCCCCUCUACUGGUGCCACCGGAGCCACAAAUUCCUCCCCUGCACCUUCCAACGCUUCAUCUCUCGUCACCUACUGCUGCUGGGAGAAUGUGGUGGGGGAGGAGAUUUUUAAACUGAUCUUGGUGGAUCUAGGGGUGUGUAUCGCGGUCGGGCUACUCUUCCAUGUUGUAAAGGCCAUUUUCAUAAAAACCAGGACGUGCUGUUGCAAGAUUAACUACAGUGAGUUCGCGGUGACAUCUAACGUUCUGGAUCUGGUGUAUGGACAGGGCCUGGUGUGGCUGGCGCUGUAUUUCUCACCAUUAAUGGCGCUGGUAGCCACCGUCAAAUUGUUCAUUGUAUUUUACUUCCGCUAUUUUGUGGCACGCUUUGCCAACAUUCCGCCCAAAAAAAUGUUCCGGGCAUCCCGAUCUGGCAACUUCUACCUGUUUCUGUUACUGCUGACGUGGAUGCUAUGUUUCAUCCCAGUGGUCUAUGUUCUCAUCGAGAAGACGCCAUCUUGGUACUGCGGUCCUUUUGCGGAGAAAGACAGGGCCUACAAAGUGAUAGAUCUGUUUGACUCAUUGAAUGACCUUCCCAGCUGGCUGGACUGGGUCAAGGACGCCAUAGACUAUAUUGCCACGGCCAUUGUGAUUGUUCCAAUCAUAGUGGUGCUAAUUCUCCUUGUACUUUAUUAUCGUGUGAAAUCCAGCUCUUAUAAUGCAUUGAUUCAAGAACUCCGCAAACAGCUAGUAUUUGAAAGAAAAAUUGAAAGAAAGAAGGUAUAUGCCAGGGCCUUAUCUGCACCAGCCUUUGGCAGCCUUGGGAAAGCCAGUGGAUCUGCUGUCACCGGUGAAAUGUCAAGGAAAACCAGUGUAUCUACCAUUACUGCUUAAAACGCACCAAUGAUCACGACAAAUAUACACUUUCCAAAUUUCCUGACACUGAAGAGUUCAAUAAAAUAUCAGACUUAUUUAUCAGAUCAGCAAAGGAAAUUCUUUGCACAUUGUUUACUUUGUGUGGAAUGCAAUUCAUCUUGUAGUUCUAUGUUAAUUUAUAUAAAAUUCAAUUAUACAUCUUA